AUGGCUAGCACAAACGGCACAAACGGCACCCACUCCCUCCUGAAAGCAACAGACCUCCCGCCUGGCAAGCCUGGAAUUCCAUACGUUAUUUCUACGCAAGAUGGCGAGAUUAUAUACAUUCCACUCUCAAAGUCUGCGACGAGGCUACUGGUGACGGGCAAGGAGAGCGAGAAUGCGUUCGCAGUGGUAGGGAGCAGUGGGAGCCAGAGUGAUCCUAUUGGGUUCCAUUACCAUCGGGAGGCACAUGAUGUGUUUCUGUGUUUGAAGGGCAAGGUGAAUGUGUGGGCGAAUGACAAGUGUAGGACUUGUGAGGCUGGAGAUUUCGCUAGUGUCCCACCGGGGACUGUGCAUCAGUAUCAAAUUCUGGGGAAUCAUUCUGAGAUGGUUGGACUGAUUGUUCCCGGCGGGUGGGAGGAGUUCUUCAGGUUCAUUGGAGAGCCGUACAAUGGACCGGCGUGGCCACUGGAUGAUCAAAGGAAUGUGUUUGAGGCACUGAUUCCGAAGUUGAAGGCUGCGGCGGAGAAGUUUGAUAUGGUGCCUCAGCCUCAUCUCAAGCAGUUUGGACCGCAGCCUUGGGAGGAGGGUGAGAAUACGCUGCCCGGGAAGCUGGAGCCGUACUUUCUGAAGAGUGGCAGCGGACCUGCGUACUUGGCUGGCGGCACAGUGGUUCGGCCACUCAUUGCCACUGCGGAGUCGAAUGGCAAGUUCGUGAUUGGCAGCAUCGAAGGAUCCUCCCACCACCACGAACACGACCUCUUCAACGAGGGCCGGAAAUUGAAGUUCGACAGCACACAUCACGCGUUCCAGGUCGUCGAAGGUGCAGUCGAGUUCACUAUUGGAUCGUCAACACCAUCCUUCUUACACGCCGGCGAGCUAAUCUACGUGCCUGCCGGAGUUGAGCUCAACAUUCGACUCCGAUCGAGGUUCGCAAAGUUUUAUUCCUUCUCGAGUGGAAAGGGCCUGGUUGAGCUAUUGAUGAAGAUCGGCAAGCCGUAUUCUGCACCUAUACCUCCGGAGAAGGCGGAUAGAGCUGAUCAUGGUGCUCUUGAUGGAUUGAGAGCAGAGCAUGGAUUUAGUGUUCAUCAGUAA